AUGACGAAAGAAAAUAUUCCUUACAGUGUAAAAAUAUCACUUAUUUCACAACUGAUAAUGUUGGGUAUUGCCACAAUAUUUGAGUUUACACUCUUUUUCACAAAUUUAUAUGAGAUAUAUUCACCUCAAAUAUGUACAAUCUCAUUCACUGGUUAAGAAAGAUGUUUAAAUUAUGAUGGCUAAUAUGAUACUUUCACUGUAGAUUGUGAAGAUUGUUAAUUUUUACACCUCAUUUGGCCAUUAUCCUUGGCUGAAUUUAUAUUAUUAUUGUGUAUUUUUAUUUGUAAAAUAUACUACUUCUGUACUCUAAAAUGCAGUACUAUCAUUAAGGUAAUAUCAAUCAUUUUCAUUGCAGUAAUACUAAGCUUAGAAAUCUAUUUACUUUUGUUAUUUGAUAACAAUAUCCUUGAAGUUUUAACAUUUAAUUAUACAAUCAAAUUAUAUCCCAUCAUUAUCAAACUAUUUAUUGGAUUUUUGAUUUUGCUUAUAAUUAUAGCAAUAUGGAUUGAAGAUAUUUAAACUUUUAAACAUAAGAAAUAAUAAUCAAUGUCAACUUCCUCUUGCUCCUAUUCAUAAUAAUUGUUAUAAAUUUAGUGA